CGACUGCCACAACGACUCGCACCAUGUCGAGAGAAGCUGCUGUAAACAGUGCCCAGCUCGAUGCAUCGGAUGACUCUGACGACGAAGACUUUCUUCCUGACGCCCCUCUGAGAGAGAGCAGCCGAGCGAAACGAAGCAAGGCGAACGCCGACGAGGAUGAAGACGACGAGAUCGAUAGUGAUGCUGAAGAAGCGGCCGUUCAAGCUCUGGCGUAUGACUCUGGUGAUGAAAAGACGAUUGCGCUGGCAGAGGAAGACUCGGCCUCUCCUACGUCACGAAAACGAAAGCGAGACGAGAGAGCGACGGGCAAGGACGAGCAGCAUGAUUCGGCUGGCUUUGUCAAGACCCGAUCGCAACGACAAGAAGAUGCAGCGAUCGAACAAGAGACUCGCAAUCAAGCUGCCCCAGUCUCGUCCAAGGCUGAUGUGGAUGCAAUCUGGGCUUCCUUGAAUGCUCCAUCAACCACAGCAGAUACAUCAACGCUAUUGCUGGAUAAGGACGAGUAUGUGACAAUCCAGCGCGACUACACCUUUGCAGGCGAGAUGCAUCACGAAGAGAAGCGCGUCUUGAGAGAUUCAGCUGAAGGUCGAGCCUUUCUUGCUGCUCAGCAACAAAAGACGGAAAAGCAGCCUACAGAGAAUACAACAGACUCAGGCAAACCCAAGCUUGGACCACCACGACGAAAGCGAGUCUCGAAGCUCGAUCAAGCUGCUGCUUCACAAAAGGCAGCAAAAUUGAAUACCCUUGAGAAAUCACGUCUCGAAUGGGCGUCAUUUGUGGAUAAGGAAGGCAUUGCUGAUGACCUGAAACUCGGCAAUCGCGAUGGGUACAAUGUCAAGCAAGACUUCUUACGAGAUUCAGAGGGGAGACGGAAUGAUGCCUUCAAAGCAGGUCAACAGCAGGCCAAGAAGUAGAUUGAUCCAUGUCCAAUUCAUAUGUAAAAUUAAAAAAUGGUACUAA